AGGAUGUCGUUCAAGAAGGAGACGCCCCUUGCUAACGCCGUGUUUUGGGCAGCUCGUAAGGGGAACUUGGCCCUGCUUCAAUUACUGCUCAACAGUGGUCGUGUGGAUGCCGACUGCAGAGACAGUUUUGGCACCACAGCCCUGAUGGUGGCCUCCUACAGCGGCCACUAUGACUGUGCCAGGGAGCUGAUCAUGCAGGGAACUGACAUUAACCUGCAGAGAGAGACAGGCUCCACUGCCCUCUUCUUUGCUUCCCAGCAGGGACACAAUGAAGUAGUGAAGCUCCUCUUUGAAUUUGGUGGCUCAACUGAAUUCCAGACAAAGGACGGUGGCACAGCCCUCUCUGCAGCCUGUCAGUAUGGCCACUCUAAGGUGGUGGACACUCUGCUGAAGAACGGAGCCAAUGUCCAUGAUCAGCUGCAUGAUGGUGCCACUCCACUCUUCCUUGCUUCCCAGGAGGGUCAUGUGACUGUCAUACGUCAACUUCUGUCAUCUGGAGCCAAAGUUAACCACCCUAGGGAAGAUGGCACAGCCCCCCUGUGGAUGGCAGCCCAGAUGGGACACAGUGAAGUAGUUAAGGUUUUACUUCUGCGUGGUGCAGAUCGGGAUGCUGACAGAAAAGACGGGUCAACUGCAUUAUUCAAGGCAGCUUUCAAAGGACACAACACUGUCAUUGAUGAGCUCCUCAAGUUCUCCCCUUCAUUGGGCCUUCUCAAGAAUGGUUCCACAGCCCUCCACGCUGCUGUCAUGGGUGGCAAUCAUAAAAGUGUAAACCUUCUGCUGGGGGCCAAUGCAGACCCCACACUACCCAACAAGAACAAUGAACUGCCAGCACAUCUUACAAAGAGCAAUCGCAUCCUGAGGGCUCUGCGACCGCAAAUCUUAAAUGGAAGUAGUUGAUGACAACCCUAGUUGUCCAUGGUUAGACCAUGACUGCAAACCUUAGACUAUGGUUGUUUUAUGGAGAGAAAUGCACUGAGGGCUCUGAACAACAGAGAACAAACCAACAGGAUUCAGUCACACAACAAUAAUAUUAAUAUGGUGCUUGUUUUCAA